CCUUCUUUCGAACUGGAAGUUCACAGCUCCGCCCCACAAGUAGGGAGGAGAAAGGAGGAAAGUAUAAGUGAAGGAGUCGACCGAAACUCAGACCAGUUGAUCCCUUCGACUCUCACGCCAAGGAUUAGGAUGAAACAUUUCUAAAACGGCUAAGCAAUGAUUGUUCUGCUUGCUUGUGUGCUUUUACUUCAACAAACCUGUACGGGGCAGUUGUUUCCCUUCUCGACUCUGAGGCAGUACAUUGACCAAAAGUACGCAGAAAGCGCUACCGAAGAGGUCACGACGAACCCGCCACCACCCGUGGACGACUAUAGGUACCUGCAGGAGACGACGAUGAGCCAGACGUCACCUCCGUCGUUCAGCAACUCCGAGAAUCAGGAACUUCGGAGCCCAAAAGACGAAAUCAGAGUUGUCCUAGUCACUCCGAGGCCGAAGUACGUUCCACAGAGGCUCGUCCCUGAACCGAACGUGGACCCCAACAACAGUCGGAUUCCAUCGAUUGGAUUCACAAUGAAAAGCUCUCCGAUUAGGAUAUUACCGUUAUCGGACGAAGAGUAUAACAUGAGCAGUCCGGAAAUCACCAAUUUGUCUCCGGUCACCUCCGAACCUCUGCAACGUCGCAAGCCUGUUAUAAAUUUGAAAAAAGAGGAAAAAUUGACCGGCACUAUCGUGGAAAGCGUUCCUUCUUUGUCAAUAACUAUACACGAGGGUUUUCAUCCUAACAAAGGCAUUUUAGACUAUUUGGUCCCGCCUAAAUUCCCCUCGGUAUACGAAAAGCACAUAAAUCCGACCGAAAAUUCAAUCUCGGUCGUUUCAAACGAACCGCCGAAACUACCAGUUGGGGCCAAGAUUAAAAAGAAGAAAAACAAAAGGAGGAAGAACAACCCGAAAGAGCCUGAAAGGAGCUCCACAAACGAAAAGAGGGUUAGAACACGUCAGAGGCAAAAUAUAACAAACUCCUCAAGAGAACCAAUUCUACUGAAAGAAACUAUGAGCCCAAAUUUUCAAAUUGUCUUGAGAGAUCCGAUAGACACCCAACCUUCAGACACGAAAACAGUUUUUCAUAAACAACCCCCUAAUCACAAACAUCGACAAGAGCUCGCCGAUUCCAGCCUAGCCGCGUCGACCAUCGGCAUGAGUGACACUGGAGAACGAGUCGAAUUCCAGCUCCACGGGCAAAGCGGGCCUGAAACGUAUAAAUUCGGUUUCGACACCGGCGAUGGAAAAAAUAGACACUUCAGAUACGAGGAGAAAGACCACAACGGACACGUCAAAGGUCACUACGGCUACUACGAUAAGACGGGGAAAUUGCAGAUCAUGAACUACCUGGCGGACGAGCACGGUUUCCACGCCACCCCCGCAUAAAAUAAAAGAAACAUGUGAUAUCCUAUGUAUUAAGAAAAGUUUUGUACAAAAAUCUU